AUGGUUUCCGUCACCAUCACCUACAAGCAGCCCGGCACGCAGCCUCCCAUCUUCGUCGCCGGCUCCUUCUCAAAUCCAAAAUGGGAGCCCCAGGAGAUGGACUUCACCACCGAGGAUGGAGGAGAACACACCUUUUACAAGAACAUUGAGGUUCGGCCAAGCACGCAGAUCGAGUACAAGUUCCGUGUUGGUUUAGGAGACUGGUGGGUUCUUAAUGAGACUGCAGCCAUAGGAAAGUUUUCCCAAUGCUUCAUUUCCAGAGGCCUUACCGACGAAUCUGGCAAUCGCAACAAUCUCCUGACAGCACCCGCGUCUCAAGAGUUGAAGCAGCUCAAUGGUGUGAACGGCGACAACCAAUCCACAAGCAAAGACACUUCAACUUCCGAAGCCGUGGACGCCUCGAAAGCUGCCAGAGACCACACUGCUGCCCAGCUUGAGCCGAAGACAAAGGUCCAAGAUUAUCUCAAGGACGAAGAGCGGCAAAGACCCUCAUCGACCCCAAUUGGUCAGGUUGCGGACACCGCUGCAGAGGUCGCCGAUACCGCCGAGGAACUUGACGCCGAGGUCGACAUGUCUAAGCUUGCACCGCUCCCCAAGGGCGUGGAGCACCUCAAAGAUGAGGAGAGGAAGCGUCUGUCUUCGACGCCGAUUGAACAAGUUGCGAGCACUGCGGCUGAGGUGGCCGAUACUGCCCAGAAGUUGGACGCUGAUGAGGACCUUAAGGGAGAGGAUUCGGACGAUUGUCCCGCACCUCUGUUCGCCCACGAAGCCCUUGGGCCCUAUGAGCCUUCGGCCGAUGAUGAAAGUGAAAAUCUGAAGAACUACGACCAUCAUAGCACUGUGGAGUACGAUGUCGACAAAUAUGACCUCAAUGAUCCCACCCUGGAGCGGUGGCCCUCUAAUAGGGACGGAAUCAUCGACGCCGUGCGCAAGGUCGAGACUGGACGCAACGAAGAUCAGACUGCUUUCUAUGGCGCCCCCAUUUCGCCAGUAGUUGGAUCAGCCCGAGCCAGUGCUGAUCAAUACUUCGAGGAAGCUGUCCUUUCGUCAGGUCCAUCUAGUCCGGGUUCCACCAAGAGGCUUGAGCUUCCAAGAAAGUCACAUGGCUCCAUGGUCUCGGACAGAUCGCUCCUUUCCCUAGGUUCAAUUGCCGAAGAGGAUAAGGAGACUCCGAAUGCUGAUGAGGCCAAUCGAGAGAAUGAGGGUUUGGUCAGAGUUCCGAGCCCCGCAGUACGGCCGACACCGCAUGUCUUCACAUCUCCCGGGAGCGAUGAUGAUGAGGGAGUCGUUAUGAAAGGCUCCAAGUCCAGGAAAAGCUCAGAGUCUUCAAGCUCAGAUUCACCUGCUGCCAACGGCCAGUCUAAUGGCAAGCACUCGAGGGAUCUGUCGCCCAAGAGUCGUCCUGCGGAGCCUGAUAGCCCUGCCAUCCGCGUUGACCCGCCUCAAGACAGAGCAAGCUCCAGUGCUAGUCAGAACGGCGGAUUGGCAAGGGCUUCUGCUUCGAGCCCCAGCGGCGAGGCAUCGACUUCCGGCCGCGAUGGCGGUCACAAAGGCCAGCUUAAAAAGCGCGGGCCCGCGUCGACCGAGCGUCCUGGAACCCCUUCCUCUAUACACAGCGUUACAGACAGCAAAGGAGGCUGGCUUCAGGCCUUCUUCCGCGUACUAUUCGUAGAUUGGAUCGGUGGACUGUUUAGCCGGUUGUUCGGCAGCAAGAGAAAGGCGUAA